AGCAGGGAGGUAUUGGGGAGAGGCUGGCUGAGCCCGCCGGCGCGGAUCGUGCUGCGUCGCCGGGCUCCGCGUACCCCCGCCUCUGCCCAGGCUCCCGCAAAACUUUUAUUCUCUGGGGGCUUCCCGGGGUGUCUGAAGGAAUCGGAGCGCUCGGCAAGCUCUGCGCUCCCCUGCCGCGGCGACCCAGGGGACGUGCAUCCCUUGCCCGCUGGGCUCUCGCGCCCCGCGCCUCCUCACCUGCUGCUGAUCUCUCCCCAGAGCGGCGAGGGGGCACCGGCGGAAGGGCCGCGCGGGCGCCAGCGCCUCCGAAUUCUCCCGCCCACCACCGUAGACUCGCCCGGCGCAACUUUAACUUGAUUCCUCUAGCCCAGCUCGGGCACCCGCGGCUGCUGCUUUGCUGCCACCUUUGCCGUCUCGGCCGCCGCCUCACAAAGGGGCGCGUGGAGGGGAGGCGGCACAUCCGCGGGCACAGGCGCCGGUGCGCAAGGCGCGGGCCUCCUUGCCGCCGAGGCCGGGAGACAAAAGGGAAACUGCCUCUGUUCGCCGUGCGGGCUGGGAGCAGCCUGCUCGUCCGCCUCCUGCCCGGCUCCGCGAGUCUCCUCCCCCAAGCCUCGGCUGCUGCUCCGCCUCCCUCCCCGCGGGCUGUCCCCGCAGUGCUCCGGGACCCGGCGAGCCUUCGGGGCGCGCGUCGCUGCUGGUGGUUGGGGCUGUAGCGAUAAUAAAUGAUAGAGGAUACAAUGACUUUGCUGUCUCUGCUGGGUCGCAUCAUGCGCUACUUCUUGCUGAGACCCGAGACGCUCUUCCUGCUGUGCAUCAGCUUGGCACUGUGGAGUUACUUCUUCCACACGGACGAGGUGAAGACCAUCGUCAAGUCCAGCCGGGACGCCGUGAAGAUGGUGAAGGGCAAGGUGGCCGAGAUCAUGCAGAACGAUCGGCUCGGGGGGCUCGACGUCCUGGAGGCCGAGUUUUCCAAGACCUGGGAGUUUAAGAGCCACAACGUGGCUGUGUAUUCCAUCCAGGGCCGGAGAGACCACAUGGAGGACCGAUUUGAAGUUCUUACGGACCUAGCCAACAAGACGCACCCGUCUAUCUUCGGGAUCUUUGACGGACACGGGGGUGAGACUGCAGCUGAAUAUGUAAAAUCGAGACUCCCAGAGGCCCUUAAACAGCAUCUUCAGGACUACGAGAAGGACAAAGAAAAUAGUGUUCUGUCUUACCAGACCAUCCUUGAACAGCAGAUUCUGUCAAUUGACCGAGAAAUGCUAGAAAAAUUGACUGUAUCCUAUGAUGAAGCAGGUACAACGUGUCUGAUUGCUCUACUAUCAGAUAAGGACCUCACGGUAGCCAAUGUGGGUGACUCGAGAGGGGUCCUGUGUGACAAGGACGGGAACGCCAUUCCUCUGUCUCAUGAUCACAAGCCUUACCAACUGAAGGAGAGAAAGAGGAUAAAGAGAGCUGGUGGUUUUAUCAGUUUCAAUGGCUCCUGGAGGGUCCAGGGAAUCCUGGCCAUGUCUCGGUCCCUGGGGGAUUAUCCGCUGAAAAAUCUCAAUGUGGUCAUCCCAGACCCAGAUAUCCUGACCUUUGACCUGGACAAGCUCCAGCCCGAGUUCAUGAUCUUGGCAUCAGAUGGCCUCUGGGAUGCUUUCAGCAACGAAGAAGCCGUUCGAUUCAUCAAGGAGCGCUUGGAUGAACCUCACUUUGGGGCUAAGAGCAUAGUUUUACAGUCAUUUUACAGAGGCUGCCCUGACAAUAUAACGGUCAUGGUGGUGAAGUUCAGGAAUAGCAGCAAAACGGAAGAGCAGUGAACCCUUCUGGGUCUCGGCUGCCCUCGCCUAAAGGACUCUCAACACACUGGUCUCUUCUAAUGUAGUGAAAGCGUGGGAGUUACAGUUAGGAUCAGCCACCUAGACGUGGGAUUCCCCUCCCUGGUGGGCAUAGGUCUAUAUGCAGUAAUGAACAGAGGGUGCUCUUGGCCCACAUAGCUGAGAGGCUGGAAAAUGGUUUCUUCAUGUGUUCCCAAUUCUUUCCUCCGAUGUUCAAAAUAUAUAAAUAUAUAGCUGUAGAUUCACAAGUAUGACGUGAACGGCACAUGUGCCAUAUAUUCUCCCCUUUGGGAUUCUUUUCAAGACCUCUUCCAGGAUUCUCCAGGCAUCAGACUCUGUCCUGUCUUUGGAGUGGUGCACAGAGCAGGCCUCCGGAGCUGCAGGGGACGGGCUGCCGCGGCCCCUGUGAGUCUGGGCGGACGGGCCGAUGCCCGCUGCUGAGAGGCAGAGCUAUCCUGAGAGGGCUUUGUCCUCCUGAGCCCAGCUUUUCUGCUCAGCAGCAGCCCAGACACAGAUGUGAAAUGGUUUAUUAUUUCGUGGCCGCUUUUGGAGACGGGGGGAAGGGGGGAGGAUGAGAGCCGCCCGCACAGCACACAUAACCUUUUCCCCUGGCUUCCUUUCUUACUUAAAUAGACUCUGUGCCACCUGA